UCUCUUCUUCCUCCUCCUCAUUUCAAAUUCGAAUCAGGGCGAGUUGGCUUCUCGGAGAAGGCAGAGGAGAGAGAGAGAGAGAGAGAGGCGGGAUGGUGAAGCGGCAGCGGGAGGAGGAGCCGGCGACGGCCAGCCAAUCCGGCGACGACGAUUCCAACUCCGACGAGUGGAAGGACUUUCUAAACCUAGAUGGUGGCGAAGAGGCGGCGGAGGUGGACGACGACUGCAACCUGGCGCCGCCGGAGAAGGAUGCAGAGGCGGCGAAGGCGAGCCAAUCCGGCGACGACGAUUCUAACACCGACCAGUGGAAGGGCUAUCUAAAUCUAGAAGAUGGCGAAGAGGCGGCGGAGGUGGACGACGACCGCAACCUGGAUCAGCCGCCGGAGAAGGAUGCGGAGGCGGCGAAGGUGGACGUCGACCGCAAGCUGGAUCAGCUGCCGGAGAAGGAUGCGGAGGCGGCGAAGGUGGACGGCGACCGCAUCACGGCGCUGCAGGAGAAGGCUCGGGUGCGCAUCCUCGACUUCCUCCCGAUCAAGUCGGUGAUCCUCAUGGGUUCGCUCUGCAAACGGUGGCGGGAGAUGUACGGCCUCUACUGGAGGGAUGUCGCCGUCGACGUCGAGCUCCCCACCGACGGCGAUGCGCUGAGCAAGCUAGAGGAACGCGCGGGGCAGCAGGAGCCGAAACGCCGCCUCCGCUACUUCUUCCUCCUCGUCGUCGAGAGAAAAAAUGUUCAGAGAGAAUACUUCAAUUCCUGCCUCGAAUACGCCGGCAAGUGCUCUCCCGAGGUCAUCCACAUCAGUGAUCGAGGAGGAGCGGGCCGCAAGUUUAAGAUGCACCUGACGAGCAAACAGCUCGUGCGCCUCUCGAUAAUCGGCGUCGCGUUGGGUCAUUUCCAGGGCAAGUUUUGUGAAGGCGUCUCCUUCCCCACGCUCGAGGAAAUCCACAUCAAGAACUCCACUAUCAAUAAAAUGGACGACCUCAAGAAUCUAGUCGGCGCGUGCCCCAUCCUCCGCGUCCUCGACCUGCGCGGAUGCAAAACCAUCACCCAAAUCGACGUCGACACCGCUGGAGAGCACCUGAUGAGCCUCACCGUCAUGGACUGCGAACGCGUCCGACGGCUGACCGCCGGCAAACACCUGCGCUCCUUUCGCUACAGCGGUAACUUCCUGACGUCACUGUCCCUUCCGGACAACGACUCGCUUGCCGACCUCUUCAUCGGCUUCCCGAGAAGCCAAUCUACCACCCCGGGGCCCGAAAAUUCGUUCAAACGCCUCCCAGAUCUCUCGAACCUCACCUUCCUCACCCUGUGCAGCACUUCUCUCCGGGCUGUAACUGUGGCGGGUAAUACCAUUCAGACAAACUUGAGGAGUUUAAGAGAGCUUCAGUUGCUCAUGUUCAAAUUGGAACCGAUCAACCUCAGUGACGUUCGUCGAUUCCUGAACACCUGCGGCUACUACCCUCAGCUGACGAAGCUCUUUGUGCAGCUCCCAGAAAGAGAUUGCACAUACACGGAGAACACUAGCUCAGAGAAUGUGGAGGGGGAACAACAGGAUGGCUUCGAAAAGCUUGAUGUGGUAAAGAUGACGAACUUCAAGUACGACUGGAAUGAGAUUCGGCUGCUGCAGUUUCUGUUCAAGAAGGCCAAACUCCUCCAGAAGCUGAUACUAGUUCGUCCCAUACCAGUACCGGUAGAUCGCCCCUUCCGACUCCAGGUUCCCGCAAAUGUCCAGCUAACUGAUUGUGCUGAUGAUUCUACAGUCAAGUCAUUUCAUUCAGAACUCCUUACCUCGAAGACGAACUAGUGUUCAGUCAAUAGUCGAGCUGCUUAUAGUUCUACAGAUCUGGAGCAUUAAUAGGUUGGAAAAGAGAUACAGGACAAGAUAACAUGUGCAGAAACAAGUACAGUCUCGUCAUACCUUGAUUUCUUUUUUCCUUCUGUUUUACUUGAAAAAAGGUGAUUGAAUGACUUGGUAUUUCACUGUCAAUUUAUGAUGUAUUUGGCAUUUUAGCAACUUUAGCUAUACAUAUGAGUUUACAGUGAAAUAUGUUCUUACCUACUUCUGUGGAAAAAGGAUUAGUACAAAAUAAACUUGGAUGCAGAAUCCUUGGGCACUGAAGUGGUUCCUUUCUGUGUUC